AUGCGUCUAUUGGUGUUCCUCUUACUCGGCUUUUGCUGCGGCAUACACAGCCUCAAGUGUCGCUCCCAGGAUGGCGCCAGCGAUUCGGAGCUGAAGCGGAUCGUGCGCAGCUGCAUGCAGCGCAGCGGCAGCAACCAGGAGGACAACGACAGACGCUAUGGCAAUGGCAGAUACAACUUUGACAACUCAUACAAUAGUCAGGACUAUGGCCAGGGGCAGGGUCAGGGCCAAGGUCAGGGGCAAGGGCAGCGACAGCAGCAGCAGCAACAGCCCUAUGGCAAUCGCUGGCAGCGCAGCGUGAAGCAGACGGACAACAACAAGGUGAGCCACACGGGUGACAUGGGGGCCGCCUGUGUGGCACAGUGCUUCUUCGAGGAGAUGAACAUGGUGGAUGGCAAUGGGCAGCCAGAUCGGCGCAAGGUUAGCUAUUUGCUGACCAAGGAUCUGAGGGAUCGCGAGCUGCGCAACUUCUACAUGGACACAGUGCAGCAAUGCUUUCGCUAUCUGGAGCACUCCCGCUACAACAACAACAACAGUAACAACAAUAACAAGUGCAGCCAGUCGCGUGAGCUAAUCAAAUGCAUGUCGGAGUAUGCGAAGGCGCAGUGCGAUGAUUGGGAGGAAUAUGGCAACAUGUUGUUUAAUUAGCUGGUCAGCACUUACGCCGCU